CCAUGAUAAAGUGUGUGUUUGCUAUAGAGGACGAAAAGAAAAAGAAGAGAGAGAGAGAGAGAGAGAGAAUGGAAAUGGUGGAGGAUGUUGUGAUAGUGGGAGCAGGGAUAGCAGGAUUAGCCACAGCUGUGGCACUGAAGAGAGCAGGAAUUAGAUCCUUAGUUCUUGAGAAAGCUGAAGAGCUCAGGACCACUGGUUCAGCUUUGACCCUCUUCCCAAACGCCUGGCUUGCCCUCGAUGCCCUGGGCGUUUCACAUAAGCUCACUUCCCUUUAUGCUUCUAAUACUAAGGGAUACGUGACGAAUGUUGAUACUGGAGUCAUUCAAGAAGUUGUUUUUGCACGAAACAAUAAUGGGCCUCGAGUAGUACACCGGAAAGUCUUAUUAAUGGCUCUCGCAGACGAACUGCCUCAUAAUUCUAUCCGAUUCUCUUCAAAGAUCACUGCUAUUGAAACCAAAACACAAGAAGGUUCAUCCAUUUCUGUACUUCACCUGGAUGAUGGAACUACCAUCAAAGCAAAGGUUUUGAUAGGGUGCGAUGGGGUGCACUCAGUGGUGGGAAGGUGGUUGGGAUUGGGUGAAGUAGUGGAUUCAGGUCGCUCCGCAGUGAGAGGAUUGUCCCUGUAUCCUCAAGGCCAUGGAUUCAAUCAAGAAGUCAACCAAUUUCUGACUGGAGGUACAAGGGCUGGUUAUGUUCCUAUUGAUGAUAAACAAGUUUAUUGGUUCGUCGCCUGCCGGUCUAAAGUGGAAGAACUAGCAACAGACCCAAAAGAGAUUCAAAAAGAGAUAACUGAAAAGUUUGCCAAGAACUUCCCUGAAAGAUUCAAAGACAUAGUGGAGAACUCAGAUCUUUCAACAUUGUCAUGGGCUCCAUUGAAAUUCAGGUAUCCAUGGCAGGUCCUAUUUGGAAACUUAUGCAAUGAAAACAUCACAGUCGCUGGUGAUGCAAUGCACCCCAUGACACCGGAUUUAGGACAAGGAGGUUGCUCGGCGCUUGAAGAUGCAGUGGUGUUGGGAAGGCACAUUGCCACAUCUUUUAUACAAAAUGGAGGUCUUAUUGUGCCCAAAGAAAUGCCCAAAUUGUUAGCAAAAUAUGUUCAGGAAAGAAAAUGGAGAGUUACUUUGUUGAUUGCAGGGUCGUAUAUGUCGGGACGGGUUCAACAGGGAGGCUCUGUUUUGAAAUUCUUGAGGGAUGUCUUGUUUUACAAGUUCCUUCUACCUAGAGUUUUCGCUAAGCUUAUGAAUUAUGAUUGUGGGAAAUUGCCUAGUGUUCCUGAAUUUGGAGAGCUGGACAAGACUAAGUAGAGGUUUGUUGUUUUGAGUGAUUGAAUUUUUGAUUUAUUGUAUUUAUUUUUAUUUUUAUUUUUUAUUUUUUAUUUUUAAUAAUUAUCGAUCAAAGGAAGGACUAUAGGUUUCCUUACUCCUCCAUAGAUGUUACAUAUGAGAGUUGUCAGUAAAUCUCCUUGUGGUAUGGCAUCGUCGUUGUUGUUUCGAGUGAUUGAAUUAUGGAAUAAUUGUAUUUUUUUUUCUUACAAUUAUGUGUUUUUUAGGUGA